CCUCCCCUCUUCAAGACAGCUCUAAUGGCUCACAGUAUGAGCACGCUGGAGGGUCGAGCAUGGAAGAUUCCAAUGCGUACAAGGAUUGUGAUGAGGCCUCGCGCCUUGGUGAGGACUGGCAUUCGAGCGAUCACCAUCUUGAAGCGAGCAUCAUGGAGGAGAUAGACCUGUCGUCCGGAUACCAUACCGAUAACACGAUGGACGAGAGGGAAUCCUCAGUUGGCGACAAGACCGCUACCCGAGAGUUCGUAGGUUCCCCUGGAGAUGAUUCAAGUGAUCCCAAAGCCGAUGUCGUCAGCGCUCAGGAAGGGGAAGUCGCGAAGGAGCCGUUGGGUUUGCGGUGUUGGUUCACGAGAGAGCGCUCGCCAAGUCCAUCGUUGUCGCAGCCCGAUGAGCCCCGGAUGUUGAGCAGUCGGGGACCUGUUCAUCGGCGCUCGCGCUCAGCUGAUCUGACUAAUGCUCGAUGUUUGCACACCACGUUCAAUGGAGGAAACUUGAAGCACUCACAGUACAGCAUGAGCUCUCGAAGAUGCACUUCGAUUCUUACGACUGAGGAAAGGGAGCUCCUCAAAAUACGUGAGGAGAAAGAAUCAAUGCGAAACCAGAUGUUGCGGAACCGCCGUUUCGCUGCCAAGAUUUACAGCGAGAAUCGGCCAACUCCUAUUGUAAGGGAACGACGUCCUAUCCGUCCACUGACCAAACACGUAAUUAAAGAGCAGCCGCUGAGGAAGUUCCGCUUCUGAUGGUGGGGUGUGGCUACACGGGAAUUUGACACAUGCUGGAAUGAAGCCUUCGACAUAUUUACUUGGUU